CGGCAGCGACGAGGAGGCGGCUCCGGAGCCCGCGGUGCCGCCCGCCUGUCACAGCGCCCGGGCCCCGAGCGCCGCCAGCACCCGGCAGGCAGCAGCAGCACAGCGGGGAGGAGGAGGAGGAGGAGGAAGAAGCGGCAGCAGCAGCGAUGGCGCGGCUGGUGGCGGUGUGCCGGGACGGCGAGGAGGAAUUCCCCUUCGAGAAGAGGCAGAUCCCGCUGUACAUCGAUGACACGCUCACGAUGGUGAUGGAAUUUCCUGAUAAUGUGCUGAACCUCGAUGGACACCAGAAUAACAGUGCACAAUUAAAACAGUUCAUUCAGAGACACAGCAUGCUGAAGCAGCAGGACCUGAACAUUGCCAUGAUGGUGACGUCGCGGGAGGUCCUGAGCGCCCUUUCCCAGCUGGUGCCGUGCGUGGGCUGCCGGCGCAGCGUGGAAAGGCUCUUCUCCCAGCUCGUGGAAUCCGGGAAUCCAGCGCUGGAGCCCCUCACAGUGGGGCCGAAGGGGGUGCUCUCUGUGACUCGCAGCUGUAUGACUGAUGCAAAGAAGCUUUAUACACUCUUCUACGUGCAUGGGUCCAAACUGAAUGACAUGAUUGAUGCAAUUCCCAAAAGUAAGAAGAACAAGAGAUGUCAGCUACACUCCCUGGACACACACAAACCAAAACCUUUGGGGUCUGAAAAAUGUUUGGUAAUACUAUGUGACAGUGAAGGGAGCAGUAACAGACUCAGUACAAAGAAAUUAAAAGCAGUUAAAAGUAGAGAAGACAGGAGGAGGAGGAAAGAGAGCAAGUGUAGCAUCAUUUUCUGCUAUGGACCUUCCCAGAGAGCAGUCAGGGGCUGUUGGAUGGAUGUGUGGGAGCUCAUGUCCCAGGAAUGCAGGGAUGAAGUAGUUUUAAUCGACUCUAGUUGUCUUCUAGAAACGUUAGAAACCUACCUACGAAAACACAGGUUCUGCACUGACUGCAAGAACAAGGUGCUGCGUGCCUACAACAUCCUCAUCGGGGAGCUGGACUGCAGCAAGGAGAAGGGUUACUGUGCUGCCCUGUACGAGGGGCUGCGCUGCUGCCCCCACGAGCGCCACAUCCACGUGUGCUGCGAGACCGACUUCAUCGCCCACCUCCUGGGGAGGGCCGAGCCCGAGUUCGCAGGAGGGUAUGAGCGCAGGGAGAGGCACGCCAAGACAAUAGACAUCGCCCAGGAGGAGGUGCUGACCUGCCUGGGCAUCCACCUCUACGAGAGGUUGCACCGGAUCUGGCAGAAGCUGCGGGCGGAGGAGCAGACGUGGCAGAUGCUCUUCUACCUGGGGGUCGAUGCUCUGCGCAAAAGCUUCGAGAUGGCUGUGGAAAAAGUGCAAGGUAUUAGUCGAUUGGAACAGCUCUGUGAAGAAUUUUCGGAAGAAGAAAGAGUGAGAGAGCUGAAACAAGAGAAGAAACGCCAAAAACGGAAGAACAGACGGAAAAAUAAGUGUGUGUGUGAGAUCCCUGCUCCUCUGCAGGCAACAGAAGAGAAGGAAAUCAAUCAGGCAAAGGAGAACUCCAACUUCACAGAAAGCAGUUGCAAAGCCUGUGGUAGCACCGAAGAAGCCAACAACUGUGUAGAAGUAAUUGUUACUAAUGAAAGCACCUCUUGCACUUGUCCUAGUAGUGGUACCCUAUUAGGUUCACCCAAAAUCAAGAAAGGUUUAUCUCCACACUGUACUGGCAGUGACUGUGGCUAUUCAUCGAGCAUGGAGGGCAGUGAAACAGGGUCUCGGGAGGGGUCGGAUGUGGCCUGCACCGAAGGCAUCUGCAACCACGAUGAAAAUGGAGACGAUCCCUGUGUCCAUCGCUGCGACGACAAGGAGGAGGAUGGGGACAGCUGUGUGGAAUGCUGGGCUAACGCGGAAGAGAACAACACAAAAGGCAAAAACAAAAAGAAGAAAAAGAAAAGCAAAGCUUUGAAGUGUGAGAAUGACCAUAUUCAGAAACUUGGAAGCUGUCUGGCAGAUCCAGGUACCAGAGAGACCUCAGGGAAUCUCACGCACACAGAGUUCCAUCGCGACAAGACCAAAGACUCACAUGCUGAGAGCUGCUGUAGCGCAGACAAAAGCGGCCAGCAGUUGCCUUGGUUUGAGCAUAUGAAAAAUGUGUCACAGUUUGCAGAACCUACAGAAAUGUCACUCGUUCCUGAUACUGGAAAAGGUGCCAAAAGCUUAGUGGAACUCCUUGACGAGUCCGAGUGCACUUCUGACGAGGAGCUGUUCAUCUCCCAGGACGAGAUCCAGUCCUUCAUGGCAAACAACAAGUCUUUCUACAGCAACCGGGAGCAGUACCGGCAGCACCUGAAGGAGAAGUUCAACAAGUACUGUCGCCUCAACGACCACAAGGGGCCCGUCUGCAACAGCUGGCUGGCAACAGCUGGAGCCAACUGAGCCCGGUCCCCUCUCUGUCUGUCACUGAAACUCGAGAUGACUACUGCGCCUUCUCCUU